AUGUCUAAGGGGUUCGAUGUCAUGACGACAAAGAAUGGCGACUCAUUCUGCAAAAUGUACAAGGAAUGUGAAGUUGAUUGGGAGUCCUUCGGAAGUCAUUGCUACCGCCUGGAUAACACAAUUACCAAAGGAUGGAUCGACGCAGAGCAGGUCUGCAAGGAGAAGGGCGGGCACCUGGUGAGUGUCACUUCCGUUGAGGAGAACGACUUUAUCGUAAAGCUACACCAAACGGAUUUUUUAGCUCACUUUUCCAAUCUCUGGCUUGGUUUAGACAUGGCACAAGCACAGCCGCAGUGGACUGAUGGAGUGGACUACGGGUACUCAAAGUUUGGGACCCCCCUCGGUACAGGACAAGGGGACUGUGUCGAACUGAACCAGAAUGGCGAGUGGGAAAGAGGAAACUGUACGGACACCCGCUUUUUCAUCUGUGAGAAAGACUAG